AUGCUGAGUGCAAUGGAAGGCAUCUUCCUUUUUAUUGCCACUAGUGAAGCAGUGUUCGGAGUUUUAGGGAAUGCAUUUAUUGUAUUUGUGAACUGCACAGAGUAUGCUAGGAGCAAGAAGCUUUCUAAGAUUGGCUUCCUUCUCACUGGCUUGGCGACUUCCAGGAUUUUUAUCAUCUGGAUAAUAACUUUUGACACUUAUACAAACUUACUCUCUUUACAUAAACUUACCUAUGGCAAUCUUUAUGAAUACAUGAAUUACCUAUGGGUGACUAUGAAUCACCUGAGUGUCUGGUUUGCUGCCAGUCUCAGCAUCUUCUAUUUCCUGAAAAUAGCAAAUUUUUCCCACUACGUAUUUCUCUGGCUGAAGUGGAGAGGUGAUAGAGUUUUUAUCUUUCUGGUAGGAUUCCUGUUUGUCUCAUUGUUUAUUGCUGUUGCACAAGUUGUGAAGAUGACCAAUGACAUUAAAAUGCAAUACAGAAACAUCUCCUGGCAGGUUCACCUAGAGGCCAAGGAGAUGCUUAUUAAUCACGUCUUUUUUCAAUUCGGAAUGCUUUUCCUCUUUAUGAUAGCUGUUACUGCAUGUCUCCUGUUAAUCAUUUCUCUUUGGAGACACAACAAGCAGAUGCAAUUGAAUGUCUCAGGAUGCCGAGACCUCAACACAGAAGCUCAUGUGAAAGCUAUUAAAGUUUUAAUUUCUUUUAUCAUCCUCUUUAUCCUGUAUUUUGCAGGUUUGGUCAUAGAAAUAUUGUGUUUCUUUUGGCAAGAAGGAAAACUGCUAUUCAUUCUAGGUGUCAUAAUUAUGCUCAUGUACCCGUGUUGUCACUCAUUUAUUCUAAUUCUAGCUAACCACCAGCUGAAGAAAGUCUCUUUGGAGUUACUGAAGCAGUUAAAGUGCUGUGGCCACAGAGAUCUCAGAGGCAUGUAA